AUGGCCCUAUAUACCACAAGUGUUCAUUCUCUUAGUAAAGAACUUCUUCUCCCCGCAUGUGCAAAGAAUGAAAAUUUGUGUUCAGAAUCUCUUACAGGUCUCUCUACACAUUCUCCUCUCCUUAAAUUUUCACGUCCAAAAGAAGCACAAGUUGUUAAUGCAGAGACAAAUAGACCAGACCGAAGACACAAAGAGAGAAAGACAGAUCUAGCUAGAGAGAAGCCACAAAUAUCUAAAGAGACAGAAAGUUAUCAUGAUCUGAUUUUUGAUUUGGGCUGGAAAGAAGGCAAGGCGCUGCGUCAGUGCUUUCACAGUUUCACACUUUCCGUCACUUCAUCAAAUUCCAAUCCCUCAAAAUUUUCCCGAGAAAACAAAAGAAAAACCUUCCAAAUUUUCCUUCCAUCCAAAUACACUCACUCUCUGUCGUAA